CAUCGAAUUUGAUUCCCGGGACAUCUUACUGCGCAUGCGUAACAAUGGCUGCCUCCUCUGUAGUGGCCCCUGCAGAAGCAGGGAUAUACUCUCAGCCUACUGGGAUCUUUACGGACGAGGAGUUCCUUGAGGCCGCCAAGCAAGUGCAGAACCCAGCCCUGGACGAUAGCUGGGAGCUGUUCGUGGAGUGUAUGGGGGUCAAGAUAUACAGGAAAUAUAAGGAGGAAUCUGGUCUUUAUGAGUAUAAGACUCAUGGUAUCAUGGCGGACCUUGAUCCUGAGAUAUGUGCUAUGGUCUACCUGGACUGGCAGUACAGGAAGAAAUGGGACACUUAUGUAUUGGAUUUGAAACCAAUCAAAGAUGAAGCCAGUGGUUUAGAUGGACUCUAUUGGGCAGUGGAUUAUCCCUGGCCAAUGUCUGACAGAGAUUACACUUUCAUCAGGGAGGGUAGGAUGAUGAUGGUAGACGGACAGCAGACUUGGGUUGUCAUCUGUCGAAGUCGAAAGUUUUCAAAUUGUCCAGAAAAGGACGGAAUCAUUAGAGUAGAUGACUUUAAUCAGUGCUGUGCCAUGCAAAGUGAUGGAGCAACUGGAUCAAAAGCGUUCAUGCAUUAUUAUGAUAAUCCAAAAGGAAUGAUACCGGCCAUGUUGAUCAACUGGGCAGCUAAGACUGGUGUUCCAACAUUCCUGGAUCUAAUGCGGACUGCUGUGAAAGGCUACAAGGAUUACUUGAAGAAAGAAGGAAAGGAGAAUUAUAUAGAAGAAGCAAGGAAAGCAUGGAGCCAGCACCUCAAGCAGUCCGAACAAUAAUUUUUAAAAAUAUUUUAGAUUAUUUUUAUUAGUAAUUUAUUAUUUUAAUAUUCUAUUGCCUUUUACAGAUUUAUACCAAACAAUAA